AUGGCCACAGUAAAAGAUUAUUGUGCAACGUGCCCACAAUGUCAAUUAGUGGCCCGAAAAUCAAUUAUGAGUAGAGCUCCACUAAAUCCGGUCCCAACGGUAUCUGAACCAUUUAAGAAAAUUGCAAUCGACUUGAUAGGUGAAUUACCAAAAACAAAAACAGGGUACAAAUAUGUUUUGACCUUGAUUGAUUAUGCUACUCGAUAUCCGGAAGCAAUUCCGCUGAAAACAACUCAUUCUCGCGUUAUUGCUGAAGCGUUAAUUAGUGUAUUUUCACGGGUGGGCCUACCAAAUGAAAUAGUCUCUGACCAAGGAUCUAAUUUAAUUGGACAACUGAUGAAACAGUUGUACGAAUUAUUGGGAAUUUCGCGUAUUAAAACGUCGGUUUAUUAUCCAGAGGCUAAUGGUUUGGUUGACGGCACUUUAAAACAUAUGCUUAAGAAAUUUGUAGCGAAUCAAAUUGAUAACUGA